AUGCUUGAGCUCUUCAUAUCACUCGGACUAGUGAUACUCAACGUCCUCGCGGCAAUCAUCGGCUACACGGAGCUACUUUACAACGAUGAACGACCAGUCAUUUUCUUGAUUGAUUCGAUGAUUGGUUGGGUUGGCUUGAGCAUACUCUUGAUUUGCCUCAUUGCCAUCCAGAACUAUCGAUCCAACAAUCCCGGAGAUAGAGCAAAAUCACCCCCUUCGAUUCUCUUAAUCUUGAUGGCCUUCUUUGUGGUCCUGUUCUUCCUUCCCUCGCCCUCAUCGGAAGCCGUCCCCGCCCAGAAAGAGCAAUUGGCUACUACUACUACCACUACCAGAAUUUCAGUCACUUGCUCCUCGAACCAGGAGAUCUCUGCACCUUUUGAAAGCAAGGAACCGUUGAAGUGUCACACUUACGGUGGACAGCACAACGCGACCGCUCAAUACUGUGUCCCUUCAGAAAGGUUCUCUGAUCCUACUCCACAACUAGUUAUAGGCCACAGAACAGAUCAGGUCCUUGGCGAUCAAGAACUUCGACUGGUGACCAGGGACAAUCAGUCUUGUUGGAUAUAUCAAAUGAAUACAGGAGAAGAUAGUGCUGAGAAAGGAAUAAGUGGGGGUGAAAUACACUAUUGUAUGCCCUUGGGUUGCCAGGCAUCCGAAAAUGACUGUCACCUUUCCCCCCCAGUAAUCAUGUUUUUGUGGGAUAAUGAACCAAGCAGUUCCUAA